CGUUUAUCAUACACAUGAAGUAAAUGUUUCAUGCGUGAGACUAUGUAUUAUUUUCAGUAUAUCAGAAUCAUUUUUAUAUUUAAGUGAUAUAUUUAAUUAUUAAUUUAAUAUUUAGAUUAUUCUUUUCAUUUUUUGGUUAAAUUAAAAAAAUUCGCUAUGAAAGUAAAAAAUACCACUGAUAAAGAACUGAAUCCAUUUGAAUUACACAUAAAUAAAAAAAAAUUUAAUAUUCUUGGACGAAAAACUAAAAAUGAAGUUGGUAAACCAGGUAUUGCCAGAUCGAAAGCUAUUCAAAAGAGAAAAAAAUCAUUACUCUUGGAAUACAAAUUGAAAGAUAAAUCUAACAAAUUUGUUGAUCGUAGAAUUGGUGAAAAUAAUCAUGGUAUGACAGCUGAAGACCGCGUCAUUGCAAGAUUUACUGCUAAUAGAAUUAAAGCUCAGAAAAAAAUGAAGUAUAAUCUAGGAGAAGAGGAAGAUCUUACUCAUCAAGGUCAAGCCCUCUCUUCGAUUGAAAAAUUUGAAAAACCAAUCAGUGAUGAUGAUGAAGAUUCUGACGAUGAUCGUAAUGGUGGAAGAUUAGGAGCUGAUUUUGUUGAAAAAGCUCAUUUUGGUGGCGGGGUGUUAAGUAAAGCUGGUGAUGGAGAAUCCAGUCAUCGUAAUUUAAUAGAUAAACUUAUAGCAGAAUCUAAACUGCGUAAAUAUGAAAAAAAACAACUCAAACAAGAAACAACUGAAUUAACUGAACAGUUAGAUAAAGAUUGGAAAGAAUUAAUGCCUGUAGUUCCUACUAAAAAUCGCGGAGAACUAGAUUAUGAAGAUGAACCUCUAGCAAAGAAAAAAGUUGAUAAAAACUCUUAUGAUGUUCUUAUGCGUUCAUUGAAAUUUGAUGCUAGAGGAAUGGCAAGUGAUAAAUUAAAAUCUGAUGAAGUUAUUGCUAAAGAAGAAAAAGAACGUCUAGAAAAACUGGAAGCUGAAAGAAUAAAAAGAAUGAAAGGCGUUGAAGACAAUGAAGUUGUUAAACAUAGAAGUGCUGAUGACUUAGAUGAUGGAUUUGAUUUUGGUGACGAUGAUGUUCAGCCUUUAGCUUAUAACGCUGAAGGUAAACCCCUUAACUGUGGAGAUCUUGUCCCAGUAAAUAAUGAUGAAAUAGAAGAAGAUAAAAAUUCUGAUGAUGCUUCAGAUAAAGAAAUAAACGAAAGAAGUGAUGAAGAUGAUGACAUAAAUGAAGGUGAAGAUCUAAGUGAUAAUGAUGAUGAAACUAAUUUAAAUGAAGAUUCCAUGACUGAUGAUGAUGAAGAAUGUAAUUUGGAUCAUGAUAUGAGUGAUUUAAAAGACGACGAUGAAAAAAAUUUAGAUGAUGAAAAUGUUAAUAUUAAUAAAAAAAAAAAGCAAAAUUCUAACCAAUUUGUACUGAAGUUGAAAGAAAAAAAAGUAACAAUGGAGGAAGCAAGAAAACAACUACCAUUUACAUUUACUAUACCUGAUGAAUAUGAAUGUUUUCAAGAAAUAGUAGAUGGUAAAUCAAUAACUGAUCAAAAUAUUAUUAUUGAGCGUAUGAUUAAAGUCAAUCACCCAAGUUUAGGAAAUAAUAACAGAUCAAAUUUAAUGCGACUAUUCACUUUCUUACUUCAACAUAUUAAUGAUACUUCCAGUUCUCUGGAAGGAUGGAAAAUACUGAAUUUAUUAGUACCACAUUUUUAUGACUUGACUCAAUUUUUCCCUGAAUAUGCUGCAAAAUGUUUUGUUGAAAUAUUAAAAGAGAAGCACUCAGAAUUUGUUGGAUUAAAUUUAAAAAUAAUAAAUCCAGAGAUGCUAUUAUUUUUGAAAUUGGUCCCUUUAUUGUUUCCAACUUCAGACUAUUAUCAUCCAGUUUGUACCUAUGCUGUGUUAAUAGCUUGUGAACUGUUAUGUCUCAGUGUUGUCAAAACAAGAGCAAAUAUCUCUUCAUUAUUAUUAUUGUGUACAAUAUUAUUAGAGUAUGUUCAAUUGUCUAAAAGAUUCAUUCCAGAAGUUAUUAAUGUAUUGAGAGGUAUCUUAGGGAUAGCAGUAAAAGAAGAAAUUCCUGUUGGUUUUGUACAACAGUUUAAGCCAUCUAUGAAAAUGUUAGUCAUCGACUCUAAAGAUAUUCCAACUGACUGGCCAAGAAGAUUAUCAAUAAAUGAAAUUUAUAAUGAAUCGAAUUUUGAUACAGUAUUUAAACUUUCAUCACUAUAUAUUACGCUAGAAUUAGUCUCUAGAUUUAGUCAAUUGUGUAAUAAUAUUCAAAGUAGUCGAGAAAUUUGGUUUCCACACCUACAAAUAAUUAAUGAAAUAAAGAUUGAAUCAGAUAUAUUAAAAAAUCAAAUUGAAAAAGUAAAAAAAGAAUUGCAAAUAAUUAUUAACAAAAAACUUGAAAAAUUACAAACUUUAUCAAACAGACCAAAGGCACUUCGUCUCUAUGAACCUAGAAUUCAAAAAGUAUUUGAUGGACGUACAUUUAAAACACAAUCUAAAGAAAAAGCUGAGAGAACAAAAUUAUUAAAAAGCUAUAAACGGGAAAUGAAAUCAGCUGUUCGUGAAAUAAGAAAAGAUAAUAGUUUCUUAUCAAAAUUGAAGUACCAUGAGCAAGUUAAAAAUGAUGUUGAGAGACGUAAUAAAGUCAAACAAAUAUACAGCUGGGGUGCCUCUCAAGCUCAUGAAAUUAAUAAACUUACUAAAAAGAAAAACAAAUGAAGUUUCUGUUUCUCAUAUGUAAUGUUAUGUGAUUACAAAUUCAAAGAAAAACAUUGUUAUAUGCGUGUUAGGUCACAAAUAUAUAAAAAAAUAACUAUUUGUUUCAUUAAAGGUGACAACUUUUGAAUUAUAAUUUUAGUUAUAAUUAA